AUGGCGCUGCUAUGUUGAGGAAGUAACUUCAUCAUAUUUACUGUGAUGUUCACAAUUCAAACAGAUCAUUAUGGCAGGGCUACUAAGGAAUCUGAUCGGUAGCAAAGAACAAGAACUCUUAGAUGCUGCAAGAAGCGGGAAAGUAGAUGUGGUUGAAAAAUUGGUGUGCAAGAAUUUAAAAGGCAGUAGGCAGACAGCAUCGUUUGGAAUCAGUUGGCCGGUGAAAUCUUCGACCAACGUAAAUUGUGUGGACAGUAAUGGCUAUACUCCGCUACAUCUGGCCGUUCUCCAUGGACAUAAGGUUACCGUGGAGAUGCUGCUGUCUGCCGAAGCCUUGCCCAGUCAACAGGACAAUACAGGCUGUACAGCACUACACCUGGCUGCCUGGAAAGGCUAUCAUGAAAUCUGUGAGCUCCUACUGGCUAACGAGGCAGUGCCAAUCAACGUACAGGACAGUAAUGGUGACACUGCCCUCAAUUACGCAGCACAGUAUGGCUAUGACGCUGUGGUGGAUGUCCUUAUACAGCACAAAGCUGAUCCGGCAUUCCGUAACCUGAAACAGGAGUCGGCACUUGACCUUGCUGCCCAAUACGGCCACGUGGAGGUGGUCAGUCUUCUGGUUGAUAAGUUUCCCUAUUUGUCCCAGCGACUCAUUCCAAAUCGAUCCCCUCUACAUCUGGCCGCAGCGUGUGGUCACAGAAAGAUUGUAGAAAUCCUGCUGGAUGCUGGUUUUGACAUCAACACAAAGACAGACAAUGGCACCGCCCUCCAUGUUGCUGUGAUGUAUUUCAAACCUGAGAUUGUGUCCGUUCUCCUGGAGAGAGGUACUGAUCUGAUGGGUGUGGACAGGAAUGGUCACACAGCUCAGGAUAUUGCCGCCCAGUGUGGUGGAAAUAACUCCAAGGUCAGCCUCGUUAUACAAGAAUACAUCCAGAACCUACAAGACUUACAGAAGGCUAUGAUACAGGAGGUAGAUUAUGUACGAGUGGAUGAUAUUGACCAGAAGCGUGCUUCCCCGUCACCCGAGGAGGAAUGCCAAUCCCUUAACGAGGAACAUCCAUCCCCUCAGCUCCAAACACGCCGAUCCAACAGCCCAAAGGUUGAGGAUUUAUACUCCAAACCGAGCAAACGUGAUCGCUCACAAGACAAGAGGAUGAAGGAACCAGAGAGAGACCCUAUUAAUGAACUAAGUCCCCCUCCGAUCCCUCCGAGAUCUGUAUCAUUACUGGAUGAAAUGGCCAAACAUCUACCCUCUAUAGCUGGCUUAGUCCAGUCUGCCCCACAAGUCCCCUUCAGUCCUGCGCCACAUCAGCCUCUGUUCACCCCACCAAAAAACUCUCCACCUCAACGGCAAAAAGAGAUGCCCUCUCUUGAGCCUUCGGACUCUGCCACCUGGGAAAUCCCACAUACAGGUACUAGACAGCGGCGCAGUUCUGGUGGAGAGAACAAGACUGUGACAAGACAACGUCGAACCUCGGACGGAAAUCCUCCCUACUACAACGUCGGCCAGAUAGGGGGUGCUAAGAGGGAUUACAUGAACAUUGGUGAUGUUGGAGGUCAUGAUGAACCCCCUCCUCCAAGGGCUUGUCGAGGAGAGUCCUCAUCCGUACAUGUUUCAGUUGGUUCCUUGUCAGCCAGCGGAGAAAAUCUGUCCUCCAAGCCACUCAGGAAGACACCUCCACAGAAGCCAAAAAGAUCCAAACCACCCACCUCCGUUAGUCCAAGUUCUAGGCGUAGUCCUUAUGGCCAUGAAAACCGAUCUCCAGGACCUCCUCGACGGGACGUUCCACCCAGGGAAGAGGAACAGAUCAUGGAUUAUCUCCCCUUAAAGAAACCACAAGAUAGUACCUCUAUCUCUGAUGCUACGAAAAAGGCAACUGAUGAUUAUAUGGGAAUGGCAGGUAUACAGGAAAAGUUAUUAGUAGGCUGUGGUGAUGAGGGAGAACCGACCGAGGACUACAUGAGGAUGUCGGAUGUCGGUACAGGGGAAAAUGACAGCAGAAUGGACUAUAUGAAAAUGAAUGAAGUAAAGUCAAAUGAAAAGACAGAUUAUGUGAGGAUGAGUAAUGUUAAAGAAGAUGAAAAUGAUACUUACAGCGAUACAUACAAGAUUCUUAAUCUUAACAGGGACAGGGUUUUAUCAGCGAAUGAGAACAGGUUAUCAAAAACUAACAAUAUGGACAACACAGAAAAUGAACCAGACACUAACUUGUCAUCAUCAUCAGCAUCUUCCUCUUCUGAAGAUUUGUUAUCAAGUGAUUCUGGUGAGCUAUAUAUCAACCGUCCUACGUCACAGGAUGAGGAUGUUUUUACCAGUAGUCAGGGAAAUAGUAAACGCUCAGCUGUAAGUAGGGACUACCAGAAUAUGGAGAGUAUUCCUAAUAUACCUGUCCCUCGUAGACCUAACUCUACACAGCCAAGGACUUCCUCUGAUAAACCACCGGUUUUACCUGUAAAAAUACGUUCACAACGGCAAAGUUCACAAAGUUCACAAAGUUCACAAAAAGAAAAAAAGAGGAAGAGUCGUUAUGAUAAUGUAUCGAAUGAGGAAGCAGUUGUGCCAAUUCAAAAAGAUGAUAAGGGAAGUAACUCUAACUGUGAUCAAAGUUUCUGUGAUAAUAAACGUAGUGUUGUGAUAGAAAAAGGUGAAUCGAGACUUUCUGAUGAAUUGUUAACGGAUAACAAACGUCUGUCAAACGGAGUUCAUCAUGUCGAGGAUCCUACCAAACAUAUGGGAGAAGGAAAGCUGGCUAAACCUCCUUCUCUUGAGUUUGAGAAAAAGAGGUUGAUUCGGGAGGAGAUACCCCUGACCCCGACAGGCUAUCCACAGCCAGCCACGCCCGACUUCCCUCCUCCCUCACCCAACACAGCCAUGCAGGGUAUACAGGAGAAGAUGGCUGGCAUUGAUAGUAAACGUUCUUCCCGGGACAUGGAGACUAUUACCGAGACUGUGUACCUCCGCGAUCCUUCUCAACAGUCAUCUUCUGCUGUUAACAUUCCAAAAGUUGACACCGUCUCUGGUGCGAACGACAUUCCAUUUGCAGAUGACGUUUCUUCUAUUUCCUCUUCUGGUGACGAUCUCUGUGUUAGGAAAGCAGCUGUCGACGAAGGUUUACCAAGCGGACCAUCGGGUGACCACACAGAUUUUCACGCCUCACCAGUAGUGAUGAGGCGGAGUAGACACGCCCAGAUCCAACCACCAGAGGGUGCUGCCGAGAUGAGACGUAGUACGGGAAGUGCUAGUAGCAGUAGUCAGGAGGAUCUGUUCCGUGAGGACGAACUCGGACCACUGGCAGGUCUUCUCAGAGGAUCAGUAGUUGGUCGGCCUCGUCGGGUGGUGUCACAAAUCUGGGACAAUGUCAAACACAGAAAGUACCUGCGUGCCAAGAAGAGGCAGUCACUCCCGACAACAGGAUUGAUGCCCUUUGACCCUCUCAUGGAGAAAGAAGAAGACGUGGACAAAAAGAUGAUAGAUAGUAUCUCAGCCACGCGGGUACCCAUGACUGCAGACACAGACACAGAUGUUAACCACUUCGACGACACUGCUGACUGGGCCCAGAUACAGAUAACCCUAGACUCGGUAGGGGUGGGAAUGGCCAGGGAAUCCGUCUUUGUGAAGGAAUUCUUGAACACUUUUACUGAACACUUCACCUCGCAAGGAACUUCAAAAGUGAAAUGUGUCGGUGAUUGGCUCGAAGAACUAAACCUUGGUCAAUACGAAAACACGUUAGUAGCCAAUGGAUAUGACAACACCGAUUUUCUGGGUGGAAAACUGCUGGAUGAUCAGGAUUUAGAACAGAUAGGAAUAAAGAACAGUGAACAUCGUAAACAGAUUCUUGAUGCAGCUCGUCUACUACCGGAGGUCAAACCUAUUGAUCCUGACAACCCUCCUGCCUCCGUGGAACAGUGGUUAGAAAGUUUAGGUCUUGAAACGUACAUAGACUCGUUUAGGUCACAUGAUAAGGAUACAAUGGAGCGAGUCUUGUUACUUUGGGAGGUCGAACUUCAUACAGUGUUAGACAUAUCAGCCAUUGGGCACCGUAAACGUAUCCUGGCAUCACUCGGGGAACGCCAAUUACCAGAGAAACAGUACCCGUCUUUGAAGAAGCGGUUAGAUACACAGCCAUCGGAUUCCGAUUCAUCUAGUCAUCGAUUUAACGUAAACCUGUACAAGGAUUACACAGGGGUCAAGCCUCUCACGUCCUCUGAAGAGGAUGUCAAGGAGUCUUCCCAGAGUGCAUUUCCUCCUGUAGAUAGCAGCGAGGAUGAAGAAGUCUUCCGGUCAGAAAACAAGGGUGUGAGUAUCAGAGAUGACAGUAUACACCUACGGCCGCCCCACCAAGCAACGAUUACUAGUCCAAUAAAGGAAUGGCGCCACCCUCCAGUGAUGCUCAUCAAAGGCUACUGUAACUAUAUAGCCCAGUAUUUGGGAUCAACACUAGUAAAGGAGUUGUCAGGCCCAAGCUCUACGAUAGAGGGUAUAUCCAAACUCAAGCAAAAAUUUAGAAGAAAACUUGAGAAAUCUGCCGAUGUAAUCGCAAAAAUUCCUACCAUUAAGUUGGCUAUCUCUUUUCGUGGUGUCAAGUUUAUAGAUGCAAAGUCUGAGAAAGUGAUAUGUGACCACGAAAUCGGGAAUAUUUUCUGUGCUUGCCAGGACGCCGAUAGUAUGAAUUUCUUCGCUUACAUCACGAGGGAUAAUGAAAAUCACUACUGCCACGUCUUCAGUGUGAAGGAUGCUAGUCUAGCUCGUGAAAUCAUCCUGACUUUGGGAGAGGCAUUUGAAGUCGCCUACCAAAUGGCACUGAAAGAAAAGGCACAAGCAGGUGCAAUGGAGUUUGAUCGACAGAUAAGUCAAAGUGACGUAGAGCCGGAUUCUAUAAGUAUCUCGUCCAAAGCUUCCAUCAGCACUGUCUGAUACAGGUAGAUGUUGAAGCUGCCAUACUAUUUAAUGGAGGACCAAAGGAUGACCACAAGUGAUUCAUGCCAACAUGGACUGGUCACUAGGCUGAUAAUCAUUGCUCUCAUGUGUUGGUCAUCAGUUGAUGAUGACCAGCUCUCUGUCCACCCGGGUGUACACCUGGACUAGUCGUCUUGUUACAGAAUAUUUGAUUGAACUGUCGAGUGGUCAGCUGGCUAUGCUUGUUUACAUGUGGUGAAGUACUGCCAACAUGGCCAUCUUGUGAUAUAUUUGCUUAUAAUGAUUCCAUGUAGUUUUACUUCCUGUAGCAUGACCACCAAGUUUGACCACUUACUAGUCAUACUACUAGAGGGUCAGUUAAAGGUGGACAUUAUCUGACCAUGACUCUGGACACACAGUCAAUUCACUAAAAAUACCAUGGAACAUAUUACUACGAUGAAUCGUGAGCUACAUACAGUGUGUGUGGGAAUUGAUUAGUGGAAUGAAUGCUGACAUAAGGACCAAGAGCCUCAUCAUAGUGGUCCUGAAAUCUGAUUGGUUGGAUAGAUUCAGGAGUCAUGCUUUCCUUAACUGCUGUAAAGAUGAAGAGUUUUUGGAACUUAUGCCUCCAAUAAAAACCUGGUCUAGGAAAUUGUGUAAAGCUUGGGUGAAGUAACUUACUGUUGUGUAUGUAUUCAGAUAUUCCGCAAUGGACAAUUUCUGUCUGACCACAAUACACGGGAGAGUAACAGAGGAUCGAAGGUCACACAGCAGUUUGGAAAAGACAAAAAAAUAGGUCAAUAAUUUACCAGAACAGACACCGAAGGUCAAACCUACUUAUGUGAAGGAAGAAGAUAUUCCAAUUUGUUACUGAAAUGUAUUUAGUGAUAAAAAAUAAAAUACAAAUGUCAAGGUCACAAUUUUACUAUGUGAAUAGGUCAGUGCUAUGUUUUGUUAUACAUGCAGUGAGUUUAACUUUUGGAGAAAUGAGAUUGUGUUGGCGGGAUUCUGCGGUGGAGUGAUACAAACUUGUGUACCAAUAUUACAGAGGCUGGAUUCCACAAUGGAGUGAUACAAACUUGUGUACCAAUAUUACAGACGCUGGAUUCCACGGUGGAGUGAUACGAACUUGUGUACCAAUAUUACAGAGGCUGGAUUCCACGGUGGAGUGAUACGAACUUGUGUACCAAUAUUACAGACGCUGGAUUCCACAAUGGAGUGAUACCAACUUGUGUACCAAUAUUACAGAGGCUGGUUUCCACGGUGGAGUGAUACGAACUUGUGUACCAAUAUUACAGACGCUGGAUUCCACGGUGGAGUGAUACCAACUUGUGUACCAAUAUUACAGAGGCUGGAUUCCACGGUGGAGUGAUACGAACUUGUGUACCAAUAUUACAGAGGCUGGAUUCCACAAUGGAGUGAUACAAACUUGUGUACCAAUGUAGCUAAUUCUGUCAUAUCAUUAAUUCCUUCACAUGUACUGCAUAUCAUAGCUGAGACCUUCAUAUUAAAAUUCACACCAUCAAUAUACUUAUGUUGAAAUUCUGCUGAAAUUAUUUACCUGCUGUUUAAUUUAUUUGUAAAUUUUAUAGAAAUAUAUAAUAAAUUAGCUAGGCUAGUCUUCCUGAUGUAAAGCUCAUGAAAGGUCAGGGAAUUUCUGACGAAGCUCCAUCUUUCCUUGAGGUACGGAUGCUGAACCUCAAUUCCUUCACUGCUGUGUAUUAUUUUACUGAGUAAAUCAUUUGUUCCUUGGAGCAUAAUAAAGUGUGUACUGGUAUAUAAAACUGUGUUAGAAGCUCUGAUAGGUGUUUUUUAAUUAUUCAUAGAACGGUUAUAAGAUAACCGAGAUGCAUGAUCAUAAAGAAUAAUGUGAUUAUCAUUUUAUUAGACGAUCAAUAUGGGAGUAGUAAUACACAGGGACAGUUUUACUCCUGUACCGGUAAUAAUUACAGACGGGCCCAGUCAUAUCACACUUUUAAUUUAAUUAUUUUACAACUUUAUUGCAAAAUAACUUAUUUCACAUUCUACUGCUAACUCUGGCUUGACUAGAAGUGGGAGGGGUUUUACUUUGGGAGAAAUCACAAAUGAUGAUGUAGGUGCCCACACACCUAUGAUGUAGGUGCCCACACACCUACAUGUAUUACAGUUAAAUAGCCAUUAGUGUACAUCUUUGUGUAUACAAUUUACUUACAUAAGUGGAGUUUUCAAAAUGUCGCCGUAUUUGUCCUCAAGGAUACACCAACUCCUAUCUUCCAUAGAGCAAUUUAAAUUAAAAUUUGUUCCUUUGAUGUUUUCUACCUCUACACCUGUUGUUGAAGGCAUAUACUUUAUUUUAUCAAGCAUAAAAUGAUAUAUCAGAAUUAAAUUAAUGAUUACCAAACGGAUGUGUCAUUAGAGGUUAACAUGCUUUGAGAAAUAUAAGCUUUACAAGUAUUAACAAAUACUGUUUAAAAAUGCAGAUUGCCUAUACAGGAUGCUUAUCUUAAGAGUUUAAUAGAAAUAAAUUAUUAUUGAAAUUUGAACACAAUAAGAUAGUAUUUAUUGUGUUGUGUAUUAUUGUGUUUGAUGUUUGACCUGGAUGUUACUGAAGCUGAAUUGUAUGUACACUGUGUAAUUCUGUUCCUAAUCUAAUGCUUCUUAUACAUUUUCCAGUUCAGUUAAAACAGAUUGUACAUAUGAAUGAUUGUAUAUAUGAUGAUAAUGAUUCGUAGGAAUUCAGCAGUCUUGUAGAUACUUCAUUGUAAAUACACAAUAUACUUAUAGAUUUAUAAAGAUUGUAAGAUGUACACCACCACUGCUUUAAAUGUAAAGUUUUCAUAGUGUGAUACAUGUAUAAUGAGUGAUUAACUUCCCAUAGAAUCAUCAUCCCCUAGCCCACCAACCCAUGUGUCUUCCACCCCACAGCAUCUCCCCACAGUCCAUCCCUAAAGCCACUUCUAAAACCUAUAGAAUAUAUCCACAACCUCUCCUUAAACCCCUUCCCAAAAAACCCCUCCCCACAGGCCCUCCCUAAAACCUAUCCACAACCUCUCCUUAAACCCCUUCCCAAAAAACCUUUCUAUAAAACCCUUCCCAAAAUCCCCUCCCCACCGCCCCUACCUAAAACCUCUCUUCACAACCCUUUCCUAAAACUCACCUCUCCAAAGCCCUUCCUUAAAACCCCUCCCCUCAGCCCCUCCCCUCAGCCCCUUCCUGAAGCCCAUCCUUACAGCCUACACAAUUCAGCACUCUGGGAAUUGUAGUACAUUGUACAUGGUUCAUCAAUCAUAAAUACCAUUGUUUGUUUGACAAUGAUACAUAGAUACCAUUGUUUGUUUGACAAUGAUACAUAGAUACACUGUACUUUUAAACUGAAACACUUGAGAACACCCAAUGACUCUUCACAGCUUAUAUUAAUGACUAUAAAACGAUUUCAGUGACAAGAACAGAAGGAUAACUUGUGAUUUAACAAUGUGAAAUUACUAAACAAUAGAUUUAUAUGUUUGUUCACGCUAAUCUGUCUUCAACUCUAUUGAAAAGUAGAAUAAAAUUUAUUUAAUUGAAUUGGAAAAUAUGCCACAAAAAUGUGAGAAUUGAAUAAAAGAUACACAACUAAUUUUGUAGAACUUAUUAUUUUAUGUGUCAGAUUUCUUACAUGAAAAUUUGAUUAUUUUUUUAAAAUCAAAUUUUAUUUGAAAAUUAGAGUCAUGUGAAAUAAAACAAAUUUGAAAAUGUAAUAAAAUGUAUUUCUUACCAAUUUAGACUGAGCAUGUUUUUGUGGCUGUUAAUAGGUACAACUGUCCAUAUUGCCAUCUAUAGCAAUACUGUUUAUUUCAUGUACUCAACACACAUAUUUUUAUUGAGUAAACUUUUUUUAACUUUUAAGUGAUAUAGUCCCCUGACAGGUUGACAAACCCUGAGCAGUUCUUUCUUUGACUGCCUGCAUGAAAGUGAGUAUCGUGCAGCAGUAAAAUAAUUCAAUGCUUUGAGUUUUGUAUGUUUUUGUUUUUUACGUGUGUAUAAUUGGUGCUUUAUAUAAUAUUAAGUUUUUAGUAAAAACUAUUUUUGAACAGUAUAAGCUUACGCUUUAUUUGCAAACAUUCCGUACAUUCAUUAUUUGCCAUAAUUCAGAUAACCAAUAUAUAUAUAUAUAUACAUAAGAUCUAUCUUGUUUACAUAAAGCUAUCCAAACUUAACCAAUAAA